AGUUUCUAGAAUUAAUUUCAUAAUAAUACCACCUUGUCAUAUAGCUUAGACUUUUGUUUAGUUAAAGUACAAAGAAUUAUAUAUACUAUAUUUGGCCUUAUAUAUAUUUAUUAUCAAUCCAUUUUACUAGCUUCUGGAAUAUAAAAGUUUUUAUUGAUUGAGGCAUAGUUAACUUUUGUUUGAAACAAUUUCGCUUACUUUUUAUUAUCGUUCGCCGAGAGAAUUGUUCGAAAAUUAUAAAUAAAUUUAUAGAGUUUUUCCGAGAUUGGCAAUGGAUUUCAAAAGAUUAGUGAUACUAUACGGAAGUCAAACAGGAUACGCUGAAGAUUUAGCAGAUAGGAUAAGCCGCCAAGCUCGUAGUAGACACAUAAAGAUAUAUUUAUCAAGUUUAGAUGAAUACAGCAUUAAAAAUCUUAUAAACGAAGAUGUCGUUUUGUUCGUUUGUUCUACAACUGGUCAAGGAGAUCCUCCAGAUAAUAUGCAGUUAUUUUGGAAAUUUAUUAUGAGGAGAGGUCUUCCGAAUAAUUCUCUAAUAAAUGUAAAAUUUGCAGUAUUAGGUUUAGGAGAUUCUUCUUAUGAACAAUAUAACUUUGUUGCAAAAAAAUUACAUAAAAGAUUGUUAAUGUUAGGAGGGAACGCCUUAGUUAACGUCUGUUUAGGAGAUGAUCAACACGAUCUAGGAUCAGAUGCUGCUGUUGAACCUUGGCUACUUCAAUUUUGGGAGACACUUGGUCAAAUUUAUUCGAUAUCAAAUCCAAAUAAGAGCUUAUUAUCGCCAAAAUAUGACGUUUCCUGUUAUGUAAACACCAAUGAAAUUAGCGAGAACUUUAUCAAAGAAUUUUCUCCUACAGUUCAAGAAGCGUCUGAGAAAAAGCCUUAUAAAGCUGAAUUAAUCAGUAAUGAUAGAGUAACUAAACAAACACAUUUUCAAGAUGUUCGCCUGAUAAAAUUCUCAGCUGUAAACGCUCAUUGCAUUUAUAAACCAGGCGAUGUCUUAAUGAUACAACCGGAAAAUACGGACGAAAAUGUUGAUAAAUUUUUUGAGAUAUUCAACUGUUUCGAUCGAAGUACCAUAGUAGAAUGCAAGGAAAAAGAUGGAAUAUCAGUACCGGAUGUUCUUAAGGGUCAAAAUUCUUUAGAAAAUUUAGUUAAAUACUACUUCGACUUUUGUGGAAGACCUAAAAGGUCUUUUUUUGAAAUUUUAUCAAAAUUCUCUACAUCUGAAUUAGAAAAGGAGAAAUUAGAAGAAUUCGAUAGUGCCGAAGGUCAAGAAGAACUAUUUGCCUAUUGUAAUCGACCUCGGAGAACUUAUUUAGAAGUUUUACAAGAUUUCCCAGAAACUCUUGCAUGCAUUGAAAAGGAAUACUUCUUUGAUCUUUUUCCUCCAUUAAAACCAAGAGCAUUUUCAAUUGCCUCCAGUCCUAAAUACCAUAAAAAUGAACUUCAUAUACUAGUAGCUGUUGUGAGGUACAAAACACGUCUUUUCGAACCACGAAAAGGUGUAUGCAGUACUUGGUUAGCUUAUUCAGGAUUAAAAUAUGCAUCUAUUUGGAUUAAGAAAGGUACAAUGAUGUUUCCUCGACCAGAAAACGUGAAACCUUGUAUCAUGGUUGGUCCUGGAACCGGUGUCGCACCUUUUCGUAGUUAUCUGCUAGAUAUGCUAAUUGACAAAAAGAAAGACAAUCUACUAUUCUUUGGUUCAAGAAAUGAAAAGAGCGACUUCUUUUUUAAAGAAGAUUGGGAAAACUGCCAAAAAGAAAAUAUUCUUCAAUUAAGAACAGCUUUUUCUAGAGAUCAGGAUGAUAAAAUAUACGUUCAGCAUCGAAUACGCCAAGAAGUGGAUCUUGUUUGCCGAUAUAUUUACGAUGAGGAGGGAUCCUGUUAUAUUGCUGGAAACUCGAAUCAAAUGCCCGAGGCUGUAAAAGAUGCUGUUAAAGAAUGCUUGAUCAAGGGAAGAAACUUGACAAAAGAUGACGCAGAUACUUUUAUAUCUAAUAUGAUUCGCAAAAAGCUUUAUCAAUUAGAGACAUGGUCAUAA